AUGGCCACAAUCGUCGGCUGGAUAACUGAGUCCGUCUGGGAGAUUUUGCAGAUCUCUGGGCUGACUCUGCAGUCUUUUCUCGUCUUCUGUACGGCCUUUACCCUGGCAUGUUUUCUCUUGAAGCCCCGCAGAAACCUUCCUCCGUACCCGGCAGGACGUGUGCCUAUUCUCGGGCACCUCCUCGCCUUGGGCCGAGCGCCUCACCUCAAGCUGACGGCGUGGAGGCGGCAGUACGGGGACGUUUUCACCGUCAGGAUGGGGAUGGAAGAUGUGGUGGUUCUGAACGGCUACGCUGCCGUCAAGGACGCGCUCGUGGACAGGUCCGAGCUGUUCGCCUCCAGGCCCCCAAUGUACCUGUUUGAUGCUAUGCUUGGUUUCGGAAAAGACAUAGCUUCUGUCAGCUGGGGGACCGAGUUCAGACAGAGAAAGAGGUUCGCCACCGCCCUCCUGAAGAACCUGGGUAUGAAAGUCGGAACUGGCAGCAUUGAGGAGAAAAUCCGAGAGGAGGCGAGCUGUCUCCGCAACAGGAUUGCAGAAUACGGUGGAGAGCCCUUUGACAUUGCUCAUGACAUCACUGUGGCGGUUGCAAACGUCAUCUGUGCUAUGCUAAUGGGGAAGCGGUACGACUACCAGGACGAGACGUUCCGGGAGCUGGCAGAGGCGGUCGUCACGGCCACGGCUGAAGCUGGGGCUGGGCAGAUCAUCGGUGUCUUCCCCUUUCUACGGUUUGUUCCCGUAGUGAAUAGAUCAGGCACCAAGGCGUUGGAAGAGGUCUGCAAAGUCCAAAAUGCGUUAAAAGAGGAGAUAUCUCGUCAUCGCGAGAACCUGGAUCGCGAGAACACGCGAGAUUUCAUCGACUUCUGCCUGCUGGAGGUUGAGAAGCAGGAGAAGGUGGAGGGUCUGACGGAGGAGAACAUCAUGUAUGUGGGUCAAGACCUCUUCUUUGGGGGAAUAGAGACAACCGCCAACACGCUGAUGUGGAGUCUGCUCUACCUUACUUUGAACCCGGACAUCCAGAAAAAGGUGCAGCAGGAGCUUGAUGCCGUUGUUGGUGAGAGUCUGCCCACCCUGUCCCACCGUUCCCAGCUGCCCUACGUGAACGCCUGUCUGCUGGAGGUCAUGAGGCUCCGGCCCAUCAUACCCCUCGCGGUUCCCCAUGCCACUUCUGAGAUGGUCGAAGUUCAGGGGUACAACAUCCCCAAGGGAACCCAGAUACUACCGAACCUGUACUCCCUCCACAUGGACCCCGCCUACUGGCCUGAUCCGGACCGGUUUGACCCCGGAAGGUUUCUGGACUCGGAAGGAAACGUCAUUAACAAGCCUGAGUCCUUCAUGCCUUUUUCAGGAGGCCGAGGCGUCUGUCUUGGGGAACAGCUGGCCAGGAUGGAGAUUUUCCUGUUCUUCUCCACCCUGCUGCAGUCCUUCAGCUUCAAGACGCCAGAGGGCGCUCCUCCUCCAACCACUGACGGCGUUCUUGGACUGACACUGAGACCUCAUCUGUCUAAGCUGUGUGCCAUGCCGCGUUAGCUUCUUUUUGGCUAGAUGUGCAAUAAAUUACUUAUCUGAUGUGUUACUGGAUUAUAUGAUGACUAUGUUGCUAAUAACAAGCAAAUCGGAUUCUAGUUGCAGCCAUGUAUAGUAUGUUACUAUGUGUAAAGGAAAGAUGAGGUGAUAGGAAAGGAAAAAGUAUGACUACAUGAAACAUACUAGUAUCCAUACCAUGUUACUUUCCAAACAGUUUUACAGGUUUCUAUUGCACACUUAGUCUAAUGGUUGUUAGCUUCACCAUUUGUUUAUCCUGUUGAGCUUUGUUUAUUAAUUAGUUUGCUCAGAACAUUUGCAUUUUCUUUGAUUUAAAAACUGGUAAAAUUUUGACUUGAACUUUGAACUUUAUUCACCUUAAUACCACCUUUAUACCGAUGGCACUAACGGCAAUAAAACAAGUGACAGGUAAAGUAAAACCCGACAGAUUGUAUCGAAGCGUAUAGCGAAAUUAUCUUAAGUAACAUUUCAUUACAGUAACCAUAUAUCAAUGUUUUGUAAUGGCUGGCCUUUGACCUGUUGAACGAAGUUAGAUUUUAGAAGUAGUACGAGUUCCUUGCAAAAAAAUAUUCUCUAGUUGUUGUCAGAUUCAAUCCAUAG